AUGAGCGGGCGAAGCACCUCUCCCCGGCGCGAGAGUCUUUCCGAGUCCGAAAUGAGUAUCGGCCCCGGCAGCGCCGACAGUGUCAGUACUCUGGGACGGAGGAGCAAGCCGCGCCACGUCAUCUACGAAGGCAGCGAGAUCGACGACACCGACACCCACAGUGAGCUUGAUGUUAGUCUCUACGAUACGGACGAGGUCGUGGACAUGGAGCGCCCCAGCUACCGCAUCUCGCUAGGCAGCGAUGGCUUCGAGUCCAUCCUGUCAGAUCCGGACGCCGUACACGAAGAAGUUGACGAGGAGAUCGCAUUCCCGUCGUAUCGCAACCGUGCCGCCUUCAACAGCUUUGUGAGCGUCGACACGACGUCUUCAGAGUACGAGCCGCCACAACCGCAGCGUGGUCCGCCAAUCCACUUGCAGCAGCUUCAUCAACAGAACCAACGACUUCAAACGCUUCAGCGACAGCAAGAAGAGCAGAUCCAGGAUCAACAGCAACGAUUUCCUGGUGCCUUCGAGGCCAGCAUCUCGUCGACCUCAUUCUACCAAUAUCUUCGUGCCAGCCUCGCUCUUGGCGGUGCGGCUGCAGGGAACGCUGGCUACCCGUCCUACGUUGGCCCAUCAAGGGCUCCGAUGAACCCCGAGUUAAACGUCCGCACAAACUUCACGAGUGCAACAUCCCGGGACGCCCCGAUCGGGACCCCCGCCGAUGCGUACGAUGUCCUGGGCACGCCACCGGGAGAUCCUCCGGCUUCUCGACCCUCUCAGCCCCCAUCGGAGCAAAAUAGGGAGUCCACACCCUUCGAUGAAAUCCACUCUCAAGCGCUACAGCACCUACCUCGAUCCAUGAACUCGUUUCUGCUUAUUCUGCUCAUGGCUAUAGGCUUUAGUAUCGGCUUCGCGAUUCUCUCUGCUGACCCACCCGGUGCCUACGGGUAUUGGCUUAAUGAGGUGGGCAUACUCUACAUCCGCAUCGUUAACUGCACCGCCGUGCCUAUGGGGAUCUGUCAGGUGAUCUUCUCCGUAUCCAUGCUGACUGCACGAGGAGCUUUAGGACGGCUCUGGCUCAAGACGUUCGGCUUCUAUCUCAUUAUUUGCAUAUUCUCGGUGGCGAUGGCCAUCGUUGUGGCUGGCGCGCUUCGCUCUUCGCUAAAGCAAACCGACAAGCUGAGCUUUGAAGCCUCCAGCGCUCAGUUUGGCUUUCGAUGCAGUAACAACAAGUAUCUCGAACUCAACGGUACAGCACUCGCUUGCAACGCUGACAGCUUCGACAACUCGAAUAGCUCCGCGGCAGUGUUUCCGAGCUUCGUGGACGUGAACGCCGUGUUGGGUUUGCCCGAGUCCAUUCCGCGGCUGAGUUUGACGCAAUACCUUUUCCAUCUAAGCGCGCUCUACAUCCCAAACAACGCGAUACAAGCGCUAAGCGGUGACUAUCACGUAAGCUCCAUGGUAAUUGCCACUGUUCUGGGCGUAGCAGUCACGCGCAGCUUCCGUGGAGGUGGCGUUGGCCGCGAUCGUGGCGAUGCCAGACGCAACCCACUUCUAAGGCUUUUCGUGCACAUGUACGCUGCGCUGUUCACGAUCCUUGACUGGUUGCAGUCACUGGCGCUGCUUGCGAUACUGCCGAUCACCAUCGGAUCAAUACUCGUGGACCCCGCCAACGCGAACCUCGCGUCGUUCGCAGGGAAAUGGUGUCUCGCCGUGUUACUGGUGUGCUCCAUUCAGAGCCUCGUAUUGUGUCCGAUGCUGUUCUUCUGGGUGACACGUCGUCAGCCGUUCGGAUGGCUUCUCAAGGUGAUGCCGGCAUUGCUCUACAGCAUUUUACUGCAGUCACCGGUACUACCCUUGCCUAUUGCAACGAAAAGCGUGCUGCGCUCGCGUGAAGUCCCGCCUGCCGUAUUCGGUGCGCUUUUCCCGGUGUUGUCGGCAUGCAAUCGCCUCGCACAGGCAAUGGGGUUUCCAAUUAUUUUGCUGUGGGUGGUGGGCUAUACAGACUGUGCUCUACCGUUGAAUUUCGGCAAUAGCGCCCUGCUUUUUAGCUACGCACUCAUUGCUAGCUUCGGAGACAUCGCGUUACCGCAAUCGCACAUUGUGUACUUCAUCACUAUCUGGCGCGGCUUCUGCGACGCGGAGUACCUGCCAUCCACGCCAAUAGCCAUGAGCGGCGUUAUGCUGAUCGUUGGUAGAUUGCAAGCACUCACUAACACCGCCACCAAUCUGAUGCUGGUACGAAUGGCGGCCAGUACGGAUGAGGGUCGCAUGUAUGCGCACCACUUUGCCGUGUAGGUACCUACUGUGGGUGUGCAGUCUUCGAGAGGCUGUCGGUGGCAGCAGCAGGCUCAUUUCAAGUAUGCAGUGUCAUCGUGGACGCGAUGCGAACGCCUACCGCUACAGUCGCACGUUCUUGACCAAUCAAAAGCGAUCAGCGUUCUAUCAGCAGGCGUUGAUCAUUGGUCAAAAUAGAAAACCAAC